AUGUCAUAUAGUAACGGAGGAUAUCAAGGUAGUACCGGUUACGGUUCUAGCAGUGGUGGAUACGGCGGAAGAGGUGGUGCUGGUGGUGCUGGUGGUGCUGGUGGAUUUGGUGGAAGAGGAGGUAGCGGAUUUGGUGGUAGAGGAGGUGGAUACGGCGGAAGAGGAGGUGCCGGUGGCCGAUUUAAUGACAUGAGACAAGAGUUGGUUGCACCUGAAUGGGAUUUAGAAACUUUGCCUAAAUUUGAAAAAAAUUUUUACAAUGAGCAUCCUAAUGUUGCAGCUAGAACAGACAAUGAGAUCAAAGAAUUUAGAAGAGAAAACGAGAUGAGCGUUUUGGGCCAUGAUAUUCCACACCCAAUCACAUCAUUUGACGAGGCAGGGUUCCCCGAUUAUGUUUUGCAAGAGUUGAAAAAUCAAGGAUUUCCUAAACCUACACCUAUACAAUGUCAAGGUUGGCCAAUGGCUUUGAGUGGUAGAGAUAUGAUUGGUAUUGCUGCUACUGGUUCAGGAAAGACAUUAUCUUAUUCUUUACCGGGUAUUGUUCAUAUUAAUGCUCAACCAUUGUUGAAACGAGGUGAUGGUCCCAUUGUUUUGGUUUUGGCACCUACAAGGGAAUUGGCGGUACAAAUACAAACUGAGUGUAGUAAAUUCGGCUCAUCUUCGCGAAUCAGAAACACUUGUGUUUAUGGUGGUGCUCCAAAAGGUCCUCAGAUUAGAGAUUUAGCUCAUGGCGUUGAAAUCUGUAUUGCUACUCCUGGUAGGCUAAUCGAUAUGUUGGAAGCAGGAAAAACCAAUUUGAAGAGGGUUACUUAUUUGGUUUUGGAUGAGGCAGACAGAAUGUUGGAUAUGGGAUUCGAGCCACAAAUUCGUAAAAUUGUUGAUCAAAUUAGACCUGAUCGUCAAACAUUGAUGUGGUCCGCUACUUGGCCCAAAGAAGUUCAAAACUUGGCGAGAGAUUAUUUGGUUGAUCCAAUUCAAGUGACUAUCGGAUCAUUAGAGUUGGCGGCAUCUCAUACCAUUACACAAAUAGUUCAAGUGAUUACUGAAUUUCAAAAGAGAGAUUUAUUAGUUAAACAAUUGGAAGGUGCUUUAGCCGAUAAAAAUUCAAAAGUAUUAGUUUUUGCGUCUACCAAAAGAACAUGUGAUGAAGUUACAAGUUAUUUAAGGUCUGAUGGGUGGCCCGCGUUGGCUAUUCAUGGUGAUAAAGAGCAACAUGAAAGAGAUUGGGUUUUGAAAGAAUUUAGACAAGGUGGUCAUACAAUUAUGGUUGCAACUGAUGUUGCCGCAAGAGGUAUUGAUGUCAAAGGUAUUACACAUGUUAUCAAUUAUGACAUGCCCAGUAACAUUGAAGAUUAUGUGCAUAGAAUUGGUAGAACAGGUCGAGGUGGUGCUACUGGUACUGCGAUUUCGUUUUUCACUGAAGGUGACAAGAAGUUAGGUGGAGAUUUAUGUAAGAUUAUGAGAGAAGCUAAACAGACAGUGCCACCUGAGUUAUCGCAGUAUGAUAGGAGAGGUUAUGGAGGUCAUAUUAGAUAUGGCCAAGGUAGAGGAAGAGGUGGAAGAGGUGGAAGAGGUUAUGGUGGUGGAAGAGGUUAUGGUGGUGGAAGAGGUGGAUAUUCGAGUGGAAGCAAUAACGCUCCCUUAGGAAGCCGUCGUUUCUAA